AUGAACCUAUUCGCUUACAUCCCGACGAUCCUGUCGACGCCAUUGCUAAAGAUACCGCUCCUGGUAUCAGAGGCCAUCCUCAACUACAUCACUACAACGCCGCCGAACCCUCCGCCCCCUCCAGUGCAAACGAAGAAGUACGACGGCCACGGCAUCCUCACCCCCAUAGAUGACAUGCAUAUGAAGAUAAUCAGCCUCGGGAUUUGCGCUAUAGCAGUCGCUGAAGCAGUCGCCGUCCUAGCACAAGCCGUCCCCUCGUCGUUCUCCGACUCUAUUCUCUCUGUGCUUGCCCUGGGAUCGCCCGUACCUACCCUCUCGCUGCAAAUCACGCCAAGGUACCUCCUGGGCGCCGCCAUUGCACUCAUCGGCGGCGGAGUGCGCGUAUGGGCCUACCGCACCCUCGGCCGCUUCUUCACCUGGCAGCUCGCGGUCAAGAGCGACCACAACCUCGUGACCGACGGUCCGUACGCCUGGGUCCGGCAUCCGAGCUACACCGGCUUCGUGAUGGCCCCCAUCGGGAACCUGAUCAUGGCCACGAGCGCAGGGGCGUACUUCACGGAGGUCGGGUGGCGGGGGACUGGGUGGGGGAAGGUGUACCUCGCCGCCGUGUUUGGGUACAUCGGGCUGGUGGGUGUGCAGGUGCUGACGCGCGUUAGCAAGGAGGAUGCGGUGCUGCGCGAGAAUUUCGGCGAGGAGUGGGAGGCGUGGGCGAAGAAGACGCCGUAUCGUUUGAUACCUUACAUUUACUAG